AUGUUGAAAAAAAAGGAAGAUUACGAUAAAACAACAGAAUCAAUCAAUUCAAAAGAUGAAGAAUAUCAACAAACUCAUAAUGGUAAUAUUAUAAUAGAAGAUGGUAAUCCAGACUUAUCAUUAUCAAACAUAUCAAGAUAUUUCUUUACAAGAAUUCCAACUUUAUUUGCAAUAAAAUCAACAAACUUAGAAACAUUAAAUCCAAUUAAUGGAUUACAUGGAAUGACUUUAAGAAAUUGGAAUUAUUUUUUCUUAGGAAUGUUUGGUUGGUUAUCAGCUUCAUUUGAUUUUUUUUGUACUUCAGUUGCAGGUACACAAAUUGCCAAAAGUUUAGAUGUAUCAACAAGUGAUAUUACAUGGGGGUUAUCAGCUGUGUUGAUGGUUAGAUCAGCUGGUGCAAUUAUCUUUGGUCUUUGGACUGAUAACUACUCGAGAAAAUGGCCAUUUAUUUUCUGUUGUGGUAUGUUUGUUGCCUUACAGAUUGGUACUGGAUUUGUUUCAACCUAUGUACAAUUCCUAGCAUGUCGUGGUCUCAGUGGUGUUUGUAUGGGUGGUAUUUAUGCUGCUUCUGCUGCUACUUCCUUAGAUGAUGCACCUGUCAAGGCAAGAUCUUUUCUUUCUGGGUUAUUUUUCACAGCUUAUUCAAUGGGACUUAUAUUUGCAACUAUUUUCUGGAGAGCUUUCCAAGAUACAAAACAUAGUUGGAGAGCAUUGUUUUGGUUUUCUUCAAGUAUCCCAGCAAUUUUAAUCAUAUGGAGAUUAUUAUUCCCAGAGACUCAAUACUUCCAAAAAUCUCAAAAGGCAAAAGAAUUAAUUAAACAAGAUCAAAUAAAAGCUGGUGUUUAUGUUGAACCUACAUUCAACUCAAAAUCAGCAAAUUUUGGUGGAUUGAUCCAAAAGCAUUGGGUUAUGUUUGUUUAUUUAAUCUUAUUGAUGACUGGUCCAAAUUAUCUUACACAUGCAUCACAAGAUCUUUAUCCUUCAAUGCUUAGACAACAACUGGGAUUUUCAGAAAAUGCCAUAACCGUGGCAGUUGUUGUUUCUCAAUUAGGUGCUUGCGUAGGAUCAUUAUGUGUUGGUAUUAUUAUGGAAAUCUUAGGAAGAAGAUUAUCAAUCAUUAUAUGUUGUAUUCUAUGUGGUUGUUUUGUGUAUCCAGCAUGGAUGAUUCAAACUUCUCCUGCUGUUCUUGGAGGUGGAUUUGCUGUCUUCUUUGCAGUCAUGGGAGUUUGGGGUGCUAUUCCAGUUCAUCUUUCAGAAUUAUCACCACCAGAUGCUAGAGCUUUAUUUUCAGGGUUAAGUUAUCAAUUGGGUAAUUUGGCAAGUAGUGCUGCUUCUACAAUUGAAACUGAUUUGAGUAAUAAAUAUCCAUUAGAAGUGGAUUCAAAUGGUGAUGCUAUAAAAUUUGAUUAUGCUAAAGUUAUGAGUAUAUUGACUGGUGCUGUUGCUAUUUAUACCUUAAUUAUUACAUUUGUAGGUCCUGAACAUUUCCAUAGAGACUUAUCAUCACCUAUAAUGAAGAAAUAUAUGGAAAAGGUGGAUCAAUUAGAAAAAGAUAAAGAAUAUGGUGUAUUACACACGGAAGAUGUUGAAGUUUUUGAGAAGUCAGCCGUCAAGCAUGUUGAUAACUCUAAAGACUAA